UGUAGCAAUUUUUUUUUUCUUGCUGAAAGUCUCCCCCAUUUGGGGGUACUCAAUCACAUUAUACAAUUGCAAAAUGGUCAGGGUAUAAAUAACCUCUGUUGCUUCAUAUUCCUGAUGCAGCAAUUGUUUAAGAUGUGGCUUUAUAAGGGACUCAAAAAGAGCAGUGAGUGACACGUGAUGCUGUGAGCUUUCAGGUACCCAACAGGGGAGGUCUGUACCCAGAGAAGCAGAGAGGAAAGCCAGCAGAGGUAGUGUUGGAAGAAAAGGCCAUGUUAAGUCUGAAGAUGCUUACGCUGCUGCUCUUACUCCACAUGCAGCUCUCCAUGGCCUUCCCUGUACCUGCUGAACCCCCCGAAGAGAAAAACACAAAAAUUGUUCAGAAUUACCUAGAAAAGUUCUACCAAUUGCCCAGGACUCAAUUUAAGUCUGAAAGGAAGAACAGCGCUAGCGUGGUUGUUGAAAAGCUUAAAGUAAUGCAGCUGUUCUUUGGGUUGAACGCAACAGGGAAGCCAGAUGCUGAAACCCUGGAGAUAAUGCAAAAGCCUCGCUGUGGAGUGCCUGAUGGUGGUGGUUUUAUGGUAACCCCAGGAAACCCCAAGUGGAAACACAUGAACGUGACCUACAGGAUUAGAAAUUAUCCCUCAGAUUUGGCAAAGGCUGAGGUGGAAAAAGCUAUUAAGAAAGCCUUUAAAGUCUGGAGCCGUGUUUCGCCCCUGAGCUUCACCAAGAUCUCAGAGAGAAAAGCAGACAUCGAGAUUAGUUUUCUUGUAAGAGAUCAUGGUGACAAUUCUCCAUUUGAUGGACCCAACGGAAUCCUUGCUCAUGCCUUUCAACCAGGCCCAGGUAUUGGAGGAGAUGCCCAUUUUGAUGCAGAAGAAAAAUGGACCAACACCUACGAAAAUUACAACUUGUUUCUUGUUGCUGCUCAUGAAUUUGGCCAUUCACUGGGGCUCGCUCACUCCUCUGAUCCUGGUGCCUUGAUGUAUCCCACCUACGCUUACAGAGACCCCAAUACAUACUUGCUCUCUCAAGAUGACAUCAAUGGCAUCCAGGCCAUCUAUGGAUCUUCGAGCGACCCUAUCCAACCCACUGGACCAAGCACUCCCAUAGCCUGUGACCCCAGAUUGGCAUUUGAUGCUAUCACCACCCUCCGAGGAGAAAUAUUUUUCUUUAAAGACAAGUACUUCUGGAGAAGGCACCCUCAGCUACGAAUAGUCCGACUAAACUUUAUUUCUCUAUUCUGGCCAUCCCUGUCAAAUGGAAUACAGGCUGCUUAUGAGGAUUACGAUAGGGACAUGAUUUUCUUAUUUAAAGGCAGACGAUACUGGGCUGUGAGUGGCUAUACUAUUCAGCAAGGUUAUCCCAGGGAUAUAUCAAACUAUGGUUUCCCCAGGAGUGUCCAAGCCAUUGAUGCCGCUGUUUCCUACAGCGGAAAAACAUACUUCUUUGUAAAUGAUCAAUUCUGGAGAUAUGAUAACCAAAGACAAUUCAUGGAACCAGGUUACCCCAAAAGCAUAGCAAGUACCUUUCAAGGAAUACAAAGUAGAGUUGAUGCAGUUUUCCAUCAAGAUCACUUCUUCCUUUUCUUCAGUGGACCAAUAUAUUAUGCAUUUAAUCUUAAUGCUCGUAGAGUUACUAGAAUUGACAGAAGCAAUAAAUGGCUUAACUGUAGAUAAAGUUUAAGCAAACUCAAACAUGCAUCCAUUUUCUGAAUGUUAAUGGUAGGCAAAUUCAAUUUGCAUAUUCCUUACAUCAUGUCCUGUCUAUACUUUUCUCAGCAAUAAAUGGUAAUGCUGUUUGCCAUCACUAUAUUCAUUAGGCCUGUCCUCAAUGAAAAUAUGUUUGGAAUAUUCCCCUGCUAGCAGAGGCUAAUUCACUUCUUACAUAUUCCAUCUCAGGUUAGUCCAUCUAUCACAAUAGAAACACAGGAGAGUAAGCCCUCUUUUUCACCUCAAUAUUCACUAUUUCAUUACUUGCUUAUCUGACUUCUAAAAUGUUUGUAUUUUCCUAAGUUUCUUUAAGCAUAUCUUAAGUGUGUCUGCUAAAUACAAUUUAACACCAGAUUUUAGUUAGAAAUAAGGAUUACAAACAACAUAGACGAUACUCCUUGACUUUACUGAAAAUGUGGUGCUAUUUUCCACUCUUGGAAAGAAACAUGGUUGGUACUUCUGUACGUAAGGAGCCCUAGUGGCAAGGUGGUUAAGUGCUGGCCUGCUAACUGAAAGGUUGUUAGUUUGAACCCACUCACUGGGGAGAAAGACCUGGUGAUCUGCUUCUGUAAAGACUAAACCAAAAA